AAAAAAACUCAAAUAAAUUUGAUUCAAAUCAAACGAUUGUCACCUUUGCUUCCCACUCUCAAUUCUUUUUUUCUCUUUUUGUAAGCAGAUUUGACGUAAAUUCAAGAUUAGAAAACCCAAACAAAUGGAUAGGCCUAGGUGGGUUUUUCAUUUCUUGUUAAAAAAAGGGUACGGGAGUCGAGGGAGACGAAUAAAAUCUUAAAUGGUGGUGCGCCCAUAUAGUUCAACAUCAAAGUGAGGCCAGCGUUGGACCGGGUGCAAGGACGAUCAGAAAGGUGAAAAGGUAGGUGAAACAAAACACAACACAAUACAGAUUAUUACAAUGGUGGACCUCUCCUCUCUCCCCCUGAAAAAGACUUCAGCUCAUGGUCCUUAGCUCUUACCAUCCAUCCACUUGAAUUUCAUGAUGAGAAAGAGAGAGAAAAUCUUAUGUGUGGUGGUGGUGGUGGGUAACAAACAUUAAUAUGCAAAUUGGAGGGAAAGAUAGAAGAUAACAACAAAAAGGUAAAAUGAAUCAACCUUUCUUUCAUCCCUAACCUUUGCUGCCCCUUUGCCCUUCCCCUUUUGUUGCCUAUAGAUUGCACCACAAGGUUGGGAAAAAAAAAUGGAAAAGUGGAAGGUGAACCAAAACCCACAUACAACCACAACCACAUUCAUAUCAUAUCAAUAUCAUAUCAUAUCAUGUAUAUCUUUUCCUAUUCUCCCCUUUUCUUUCAUCAUCAUGUCCUGAAACCCAACCUCCAAGUCUUCUAGAAACCCCCUCUCUCUCUCAUCAUGCAUGAUAGUAUACCAAUAGAAUAAAGAACCACAACUACCAUCUCUAUAUUAUGAUUUAUGCACAAGAAUAGCCAAUCCAUUUGGAACAUUUUCUUUUCCAUAUGACCACUACAACUAACUAAUAUAGCAAAUUUUUUACAUUUUUCCCUCAAAAAACACUCACAUAUAUUUUAUAUAUAUGCUACAUAUAUUUCAUAUAUUUCCAUCUUUAACUUUGCUUCAAGUUUUGAUUUUUGUGUAAACCAAACAACCCAUCAUUUAUGUAUACAUAUAUUAACAAAUGUAAACUAUCACAAUAUAAAUAGAGAAGCAAUUCAAACAAGAUUACUUAAUUAAAUGAUUCUUAUAGUAUUUGAGUCAUAGCACUUCCUCUCUAUUUCUUUUUCAUUUACAAAUAUACUUUUAGAUGCAAAUAUAUAGGCUGAUAUUUGAGGAAAGCAGAUGGAGAUUUAUACCAAAAACCUCUGCCUAUGGAUGUUAGUUCCAACAACAUCCUAAAAAAUACAAGUUGAACAUGUAUUCUGGUACAUGUUGUCUAGUGAGUUGGGGGAAAGAUUAUGAAAACUAACUAAAUUAUUAAUCUAAAGUAUUACAGGUUUAGACAAAGGAAGAAAAACUGAAAAAAAGAGGGGUGGAGGAGCAGAGAUCACACUUUGGCCUGCCCAUACUUUAAUAUCUUACUUUACACCUACCAGAGGGUUACCUACAGUUAAUAUAUAUCCUAACUUAUUAUAUAUUAUUGAUGCUAAUAUCAUCAAGAGAGAGGCCACCAGCCACUCCCUCAAACCUAUCUCACCAACUCACAUCUAGAAGCAAUAUUAGGGUCACUGCCCUCUCUCUCUCUUUCUCUUUCUUUUUCUCUUCUCUCUCUCUCUCUCUCUCUCUCUCUCUCUGUGAGCGUAAUAGUCAAAAGGCUAUAAAACCGCAUGUAAAGUUCCUUCAAGGACCGGCCUCAAUAUGUUGCAGCAACAAAAAAUCCAAGGCCUCCAUUCCAUUUUCCACCCUCACUGCUACUACUAAAUUCUAAAGAUAUAUAUAUAUAUAUAUAUAUUUUAUACUGCUAUAUACUAUUCAAAAACAGCAAACGUAGCUACUAGUACUGCUAGUAAUUUCCAUAACUUUGGUAUUCAAAUGGGAAGGUCUCCUUGCUGCGAGAAAGCUCACACAAACAAAGGUGCAUGGACCAAAGAAGAAGAUGAUCGCCUCAUCUCUUACAUCCGAGCCCAUGGUGAAGGUUGCUGGCGUUCACUUCCUAAAGCCGCUGGCCUUCUCCGCUGUGGCAAAAGUUGUAGACUUCGCUGGAUCAACUACUUAAGACCUGACCUGAAACGUGGCAAUUUCACUGAAGAAGAAGAUGAGAUCAUUAUCAAGCUGCACAGCCUUCUUGGUAACAAGUGGUCUCUUAUAGCUGGAAGAUUACCAGGAAGAACAGAUAAUGAGAUAAAGAAUUACUGGAACACACAUAUAAGAAGGAAGCUAUUGAACAGAGGUAUUGAUCCUGCCACUCACAGGCCACUCAAUGAAGCUGCUCAGGAUGUAACAACAAUAUCUUUCAAUGGUGCUAAAGAAGAGAAAGAGAAGAUUAAUGACCCUAGGGGAUUUGUCAACAAAGAUGAGAAGAAAAUCCCAGUUCAAGAAAGGUGUCCAGACUUGAAUUUGGACCUCAGAAUUAGCCCUCCUUACCAUCAAAGCCAGCCUGAGCCAUUGAAAACUGGAGGGAGGACCCUUUGUUUUUUUUGCAGUUUGGGAGUAAAAAACAGCAAAGACUGCACUUGCAGCACCGGUACUGGUGGUAGCAGCAGUAGCAACAGCAACAGUGGUUAUGAUUUCUUAGGCUUGAAAACUGGUUUCUUGGAUUAUAGAAGUUUGGAAAUGAAAUGAGAGGGAAUUUGGAUUUUUUUUUUUUUUUAAUUAUGUAGCUUCAACAGAAAUUGAGAGAAAUGACCAUGGAGAUUGUUAUUAGUUUUAAAAUCUCUCUAAUUUUCUCUCUUUAUCUCUUAUUUGUAUGGUUAUCAUAUCACUAUAUAUAUAUAUAUAUAUAUAGUAAUAGUACAGGUGAUCAUUAUUGGUGAAUGUUUUUGCAUUUAUAUGGGUUGUAUACUUUUGGGUUGUAUACUUUCUUUUUCUUUACAGUUUGUUUUUACUUCUCUUUUCCAAGAAAAAGUUGUGCUUUAUCAGACCUCUAUGAUCAUUGAUCAGAUCUUCAAAAGGGUCAUGCCUCUGGCUUAAUUUGGUUUCUCUUUAAUCACCAGAGAGGGGAGAGAGAGGGAACCAAGGAGGGAGAUUCUUUUCUUAUACUUCUUUCAAACACAAAUGAUGACUCUUUUUCUUUAUUUUCCUAACAGGGAAUAAUAAUGAAGGAAUUGUAA